GACCAAAUCAACAUCCACACAACCAAAAGAAAACCCAUGGAAACAACCACGAUGUGUGAGAGCUACCAAUCCAAGAGUGUGUGUGUGAUUGGGGCUGGACCCUCGGGGCUUGUUGCUGCAAGAGAGCUCAAGAAAGAAGGUCACAGAGUGGUGGUGUUGGAACAAAACCACGAUGUAGGAGGUCAAUGGCUGUAUGACCCAAAUGUGGAGGGUGAGGACCCCUUGGGGAGGAACACAACGAGUCUUACUACUACUCAUAAUUCUCAUCAUAAAGUGCACAGUAGUGUUUAUACCUCUUUGAGGCUGGGAUCUCCUAGAGAGAUCAUGGCAUUCACUGACUUCCCAUUUUCAGUUAAGAAGGGUAGAGACUCGAGAAGGUUUCCUGGGCAUAGGGAACUUCUUUUGUACCUUCAAGACUUUUGUGACUGGUUUGGGUUGAGGGAUUUUAUUAGAUUCAAUAAUAAGGUGGCUUAUGUGGGGAUGCUGGAUCAUGUAGAAGGAUGCCAAGAUUUGAGAUGGCUUGUGAAGAGCGUGGAGAAGAAUACCCAGAUUGUGAUGGAAGAGGUGUUUAAUUCUGUGGUUGUUGCUACUGGCCAUCAGUAUCAGCCAAGGUUGCCUUCCAUUAAAGGAAUGGAUUCAUGGAAGAGGAAGCAACUACACAGUCACAUUUACAGGGUUCCCGAGCCGUUCCGUGAUGAGGUUGUGGUGGUGGUUGGAACUGCACAAAGUGGGCAAGACAUAUCAGUGGAGCUGGUGCAGGAGGCAAAGGCAGUAGUGUACCUCAGCGCAAGAUCCUUGAGCAAUAUAUUUGAGGGCUUAUCCAAGGUCAUUUCCAAGCAUGAUAAUUUGCAUCUUCGUCCACAGAUAGAGUGCCUUCAACAAGAUGGAAAGGUAUUGUUUGUGGAUGGUUCUUGGGUCAUCGCCGACACUAUCAUCUACUGCACAGGUUAUUCAUACACAUUCCCAUUUCUUGACACCAAAGGAAUAGUAGCUAUUGAUGAUGAUAGGGUUGGUCCUUUGUUUGAGCACACCUUCCCUCCCUCACUUGCUCCAUCUUUAUCUUUCAUUGGAAUUCCUAGAAAGGUGAUAGCGUUCCAUUUCUUUGAGUCGCAAGCAAAAUGGAUAGCUCAAGUGCUCUCUGGGAAAAGAAAACUGCCAUCAAGGGAUGAAAUGAUGCAGUCCAUCAAGGACUUCUACCACUCAAGGGAUGUUGCUGGCAUCCCAAAGUACCAGACUCAUGAUAUUGGAGAAUUCGAGUAUUGCGACAAAUAUGCAGAUUAUACUGGGUUCCCACAUUUAGAGGAAUGGAAGAAAAAGAUUUUCUUUAUUAUCUUAAACAAUUAUUUUACCAACCUGGAAACAUACAGAGAUUCGUUGGAUGAUGAUGACUUGAUUAAAGAGGCUCUGCAAAGUCCACAUUUCAUUGAACAAGAACAAGACGCUCAAGUUUCUCCGCUGUAAAGGUCUAAAUUAUUGAUGUAAAUUUGAAUAAAUCAAUGUAUUUGUUAAAGAACACAAUCAAGUAUCAUCAAAUGUGGCAAUCUAGAACUAUAAAACAUGGUGUUGCAAACAUGCAAAAGCAGGUGACUAGUGUGUGUGUAUACGAACACAGAAGAGAGAUUUAGCAAGGAGAAUUGACACCAGUUUCAACACAAAGACUGACAUCAAAAGCGGAUGCAAUGAAGGGUACAUCAGUAUAUUGAAUUAUAUGCAACGCAAAGGUCAUCUCAGAAAAUAUACCAGCUCGG